AUGGGUCGUAUGCACUCCAAAGGAAAGGGCAUGUCCGCCUCGGCGCUCCCCUACCGCCGCUCCCAGCCCGCAUGGUCCAAGGCUACCCCCGAGGACGUCUGCGACCAGAUCUUCAAGCUCGCGCGAAGGGGUCUCUCGCCGUCCCAGAUCGGCGUUAUUCUCAGGGACUCGCAGGGUGUUCCCCAGGUCAAGAGCGUGACCGGGAACAAGAUCUUGAGGAUCUUGAAGAGCAACGGUCUCGCCCCCUCCGUCCCCGAAGACCUCUACCACCUUAUCAAGAAGGCCGUCACCGUCCGGAAGCACCUUGAGCGUAACCGUGCCGACAAGGACGGUAAAUUCCGCAUGAUUUUGAUCGAAUCCCGUAUCCACCGUCUCGCCCGUUACUACAUCAAGAAGCAGCAGCUCCCUCCUACCUUCAAGUACGAGGCCGCCACCGCUUCUACUCUCGUCGCCUAG